ACCCUCUGUCUUUCUUGCCCUAGAAAUCCUAACUACUAGUAGAUUCAGAUGUUUGCAUCCCUUGUUGGGAAGUAUUUCAGCAACUUACAAAAUAUUGUUCCCAAACAAUGCUCAUAUGUGUAAAAGCAUACAAUGGCUAGAGACAGUAGCUCCAAAAGCCUGUCUCUAGAAGCAAUAUUCGAGCUUGAGUUUUGGGAAGAGAGAUAUUCAUUAUAGAUAAGUAAUAGAUGACGAACGCCGAAGAAAGAAGCAUUAGAAAUAUAUGAAUAUAAAAUAGAACAAAUAAUAUAAUAUGUUAGACUACAAAUAUUUUAAUAUAUUUUAAUUUAAUUAUCAUAUAAAAAUAUGAAGUUACCCAUAACGAAUUAUCAAUUGUACUUCAACUUUAAAGGUCAGCCAACCAUUCAAUCUCUUUGACUUGUUCAAAUCUUAAUUAGAAUGGAGACUUAAUUGGCUGGCUAUUUGUUGCCAAUGCUCAAUUAGUGCAAAUUGCUUUGUAUAAACUAGUAAAUCCAAGAAGGCUAGCUUUUUGCCCUUUCCUCAUCUUUUCUCCCAUUCUUGGGGGAAUACUGGAAACCCAACAAAAGGAAAAAAGGUACAUGUGCUAACAAUUGUUUAAAACAGUCAUUUGUUUAUAUCAAUAAUCAACGAUAAAAACAUUUGAAAUCCUAUGUUCUUUGAAAUUAAUUUUAUGUGUUUUUCACAUUUUUUACAUAUAAAACUGUGUUCCUCUAUAGUUGAUUGCAUCUCAUAAUAAUAUUUCUUUUUUCCUGUGAACACAUGAACGUCAUUUCUCGUGGCUCUUGUUUUCCAAAAGGAGCUCAUAAUUUAUUGUUGCAAGAAAUUGUGCUUUAAUAUUUUUGCUUGACCGUUAAUCAAAAUUUGAGAGAGAUAUCUAUGUUUUUAGAGAAUAUAUAAUUCAACUUUAUUGGAAUGCAAAGGGAAAGUAUAUAUGGGAAAUAUAAAGGAUAAGAAAAGAAAUAUAUUGAUGUUUUUAUAAAAAACAUACAUAUGCGGAGACAAGGUUAACCCGUGAAUUGUAACCUAGCAACACACAUUAAAUUUCACUUUGGUGGGAUCAUAACAUUGAAAUUCAAGUAUAUUCUACAUCAUGAUGUAAUUUAGAAAAAACAUUUAUUAUGUUAAUCCGGGGGGUGAUCAUUGCUAAACCACAUAUAAGAAAGCUACUAGGGUUGAACUUGAUAAUUGAUUACACAAGCGAUUACGUUAAUUAUGUCAAGCAUGCAGUUUACAUAUAUAAUCACAAUAUGACUAAUUUCCAUAACACAAAAUUGAUCAGAAGGGAAAACAUGGGCCGUGGAGUGAGCUAUGGCGGCGGUCGGAGUUCUUUGGGAUACUUGUUUGGUUCCGAGUCCGAGGGAGCUGGCCGGAGCAACAACUCUUCCUCUAUCUCCAAUAGUUCCCCACCACCUACUGCCAAAAAGGAGGAAACUACAAGAAGCCCAAUGGCUCGUCGGAAAGAAAACAGUAGUAGCCCAAUCAAGUGGGACGUCCAAGAAGCACCUUCGGCCCAACCUGGUCCAAAGUCUGAAGAAGCACCACCACCUACUACCAAAAAGGAAGAAACUACAAGAAGCCCAAUAGCUCGUCGGAAAGAAUCCAGUAGCAGCCCAAUCAAGUGGGACGUCCAAGAAGCACCUUCGGCCCAACCCGGUCACCUGAAAAACAACUACUAUAGGUCUGAAGGCCAGAAUUGUGGUAACUUCAUUACGGACCGGCCGACGACCAAGGUUCAUGCAGCUCCAGGAGGAGGGUCCUCGUUGGGCUACCUAUUCGGCCAUCCUAACAAAAAAUGAUAUAUUCUUGUCCAAACAAAAUGAUUUGGUGCAUGUGCUUAUUGUAUUUUGAUUGUAUACUUUGUGUCACCAAUCUAAAAUAUAAAAUUUAAUUGUCAAGGAUGGAAAAACAUUUGCGAAUGCCUAACAUUACUUUUGCGUUCUAUCUUAUUCAUUUAUCUUCUUCCAUUAUAUCUAUUUUUUACAUGGUGGUCUACUUAGUUGGGAAAUGAAUUUUCUCGAUCAUUGAUCAUUUUUGGUUAAGAAUUUAUAAUUAUUGUAUUACGAUUAUCCACAAUACUAUAUUUCAUAAAAUAACUAGAUAAUAUCACAUAAAAGAUCGGCGAUCCAAAUAUUUUACAUGAUUAUCGAAAUUAUAUGUGACAAAUAAAAAUAUGUAUUUGCAUAGUUGGUAUCUACUUCGUUUAAUACAUGUAUAUGUACCCAUACGUAUCUUAUCUGUUUAAAACUUAUGUAUCUGUAUUAUUGUCAAGCCGUUUCAUUUUUUUCCGUUCAUUUGAUGACUUUCGUACUAAACACGUAUAAAACCCGUAUAACACGUUUAAUAUCCAUAUUUAAUAAAUUAAAUUGUUAAUUUUACUAUUAUUUAUAUAUUUAUUUUUAAAAUAAUAAAUUUCCCUUAUUUAUGACUAUAAAUGUACUAUUAAACGUUAAAUUAACUUAGAAACGAGUAAAAUACUAAUAUAUUGUUUAUACGUAACUUUUUUGUAUCAUAUUUUACUAACUAGAUGUAUUUGUAUUCAACUAACACAAAUACACAAUACUAUCAUCAAUUCCAUGAGCCGGACAUGCCAAACAAAAAAAUUGAUACAUUUGUAAUUUUGACAUUUUGUACAAAAGGGCUUUUAGCCUGUAGGGAUGGAAUUUCGACCUGACCCGUUUUACCUGACCUGUUUGGCCUGUAUUAGGGUAGGUCCGACCCUCCUUGUAGGCGGGACGGACAUGGGUACCCUCAUCGAUCCGACCUGCCUCGACCCGUUCUUUCCUGAAUUACAUGUAAUAUUAGUCAAAUUACUUAGGAUUUUCCUUUUAUUACAUCAUAUUUUAGCUAUAAUAAAGUUGUAAAUUAGUG